AUGUCGAAACAGGUGCAUUGGGGCUCUAUGGGGGAGGUUAAGGUGGAAUAUAUGUCUCGAUACAAACAGCACCAUUCAAUCCGCAAAUUGAUAUUAGCUGUGAUAGUAGUCGGAAUUUGGAUGGUAACUGGGUAUCAGUUUGUUCAACGCGGGUCAACUGAUUAUUUUGGUACAAGUGUUUCGCGCUUCUGGUUGGGGACUGCGAAACAUGACAUAUACAGCAGUUUUCAACAAUGUGCUAUUGAAAACUUUCUUGACACAGGUCUCCCAUUUCUGAACGGGGUGGUUCCAAUUCAAGUUUCUGAAUAUACAGAAAGGAGAGACAGGUUGGCGGAAGCUCUUGUAGCUGAAGGUGUAGACGCCUUCGUAGUUGAACCCGGAUACACAUUCAAAUACUUUGCCAACGUCAGCCAGCCUGAAUGGGAAGUUUGGGAGCCAGAAGAACGCCCGUUCCUCAUGAUCGUGCGACCUGUUCGAGAUGGCUCGGGCAAGAUUUCGGCAAAUACUACUUUUCUGUCCCCUUCAUUUGAAGCCGAGCGAGCUCGCCUUUUGGGAAUGCCUUUUAUCGAGCCGAUCCAAAUCAUUCCAUGGGAAGAACACUGGGAUCCAUAUCAGACUUUGCAUCAGUCUGAGGUAUUCCUAGGACUAAAUCGUCAGCCUCGAUUAAUGGUAGACGAGGAGAUGCGUGACUUUAUUCAACGUGGUCUUAGCCAGACAGGCUUCGAAGUUGUCGGACUAAGUGGACACGUUGAGGAAGUGAGACAGAUCAAGAGCUCGAACGAGGUUGAUAUUCUUCGGGCUGUUAACACAGGCACAGUAGAGGCAGUGCGACAGAUGAGGAAAUGUCUUGUUCCGGGACUCACGGAGAAUGAAAUUGCAAGUGCGCUUGAUGAUGCGAUUCGGGCAGCUGGCAUGGAGCCAUUUUUUGAUAUUGUUUUGUUCGAUGAAAACGCAUCCAAUCCCCAUGGCGGUACGAAUGGGACAAAGGUACUAGAAUCGGAAACUUUCGUGCUUAUCGAUGUUGGUGCCCAUUUAUUUGGAUAUUCUUCCGACAUCUGUCGUACCUUCUUCCCACCUUUCCUCAUCAAGCCCAACCCUGGGGAUGCUUUAACGCCAACCAUGAAGGAAAAGUUGAAGGCCUGGGACAUUGUUUUUGAGGCGCAAACUCAAUCUGUCCAACGCAUGCGAGAGAAUUAUACAGCAGCCAGCGUUGAUAUCGCAGCUCGAAAGGUCAUCACCGAUGCUGGGUAUGGAGAGGCCUUCACACAUCGAGUUGGCCAUGGAAUAGGAAUUAAAGCUCACGAAAGUCCCUAUCUCAACAAAGGAAACCAUGCCACUCUGCUUAAGACCGGAAUGGCGUUCACAUCAGAGCCAGGAAUAUAUUUGGUCGACAAAUUUGGGGCGCGCCAUGAAGAUAUUUUCCUUGUGCAAGGUGACAAGGAGCCAUUACUCUUGACAGGAGCUCGAGCUGUAGGGCCCUGGGAACCAUAG